ACAUCUGAAAGAGAAACUCAGUUUAAUGUUACACCUAAGAAAUCCUAUUCAUAAAUAUCUAAAAAAAAAAUAUAAUAAACUGUAAAAUACUACCUAUAAGUAAAAAAAACGGUACAGUUUGGGCGGAGCAUAGUUUAAUCAUACAAUAUCAAAUUUAAAACUUAUAACCCAUAAUUGAAGCACUCCCAACGAAAAUUCGUUUAGAACAAAUUUAAUAUAAUUCAGCAAAAACGUAUAAAAACCUCUUUAGCGUUAAUGAAUAGUUACACGCUCCUUAAACGUCAACUUGAAUAACUCCGCAACGUCCAACAUUCCGUCGGCUAAAAAUUUAUUUACAUACCAUAUACUUAGUGAGUUGUAAAUACAGUGCAACCCAGAAAAAACAAAACUACAAAUAUGACUUGUAGAUAACAAUGCAAUUUUUCUGUUUUUUAACAUUAUUUGUACUUGUUAAAGCAACGGCAAAUGAAGCAAGCUGUAAGAGGGAAGUUUUUCUUGCAAAUGAAAUGAUCCAGCUUGCGUAUAAUAAGAAUGAUUUUAUUGUAGGAAAUAAUUCUAGAACAAAUGGAUUGGAGCAUGUAAUUGAAAAUAUGGUUAACGAUGAAAAAUAUUACGAGAGUUUCGCCGAAAUGAAUAUGAUGAUCGCUUCACCGGACAAAUUUUGCCUUUUAAAACAUAUACCGGGCAUGGAAGGCCAACACCCUUUUACAAGGUGCGUGUUUUACCAGGAUAUGAUGCAGUUUGACAUACAUAGUACAUUAAAAAUCGAUCGUGCCAUAGCUGCUUUCGGCCAAAAUUUUGGAAGCUUAGAUUUGAAAGACCUUGCAGACCAGAGAAGAAGUCUUGUUAAAACAGCUUUGAAAAAUAUAUUCAAACGUAAAUUAGGACCCAUGUAUAAUCAGUUUAUGACGGAACUAGAAAUAAGAGAUACAAAAAAUUUGGUAGGAUCAAAUUUGGCAACCCUUGCAGAAAAGAGAAGAGGUAAUGGAACAUCUCUAGAAAGUAAAAUCAGACGGCGUGUAGGAAAUGAUAAUCCUAAAGUUGUUGAAGACCAAAAUAGAUCACCUCUGCAUGUUUUCUUAUCACGGUUGUGUCGUUUGACAGGGUUGUACAUGAGUACACAAUUUCCAAAUCCAUGCAUACAAGAACUUUCGAUUGACGCCCAUAAUUAUACUUGUACCCUGAAAGAUGGAAGUAAAGAAAUAAUAUUUACUAUAGAAAAAGAAUUAAUGAAGAAUAGCUCAAUUCCAGGAGUGUUGUGAAUAUAACUUAGACCACGAACCAAUGGUGUAUCUUCUAAAAAUGUAAUAUACUAUUUUUAUUUGAUUGUAAUAAUAUUUUCAUAUAGCACUAAUAACCUAUUUAAUAUUACAUUUAUAACUUAUUUAAUAAUAAACCGUUUUUACUUACGAUUAUCA